ACUUUCCUGCACUGCAUGACAGCGACGUGCGGCCAUAUUUCUGCGUAACGCGACGAACGGGCCUGGUUGGAUAUAUAAUUCUAUGGUGAAUAUUUCGUUGAAAAAAACAAGAACCAAGAGGAGCUGAGGAAAAUACUGAGAUGUUACGAAGGAGUAGAUGGGCAGGUGGGGCCCUUCUGGUCGUAUUAAUUGCCCUAAGUGGGGUGAAUUGUUCAGAAGACACAACCAACACGAAGCCGUACUUUACCGAGAGGAUCUACCAUGGUGAGGUCAACAAGACCAGCGGCCAAGUCAGCAUCCACCCCCAGCUGAUAGCUCGGGAUGAUGACGCGGGGCCAAACGGCGAGAUCGUGGAGUAUCGCCUGGACCCGGAAGCGGACGUGCCAUUCACUGUCUCACUGGGCGGGCAGGGACAAGCGGUCCUGAGGGCGGUGGACCCACAGUCGUUGGACUGCGAGAGGAGCCAGGCGGGCUGGCAGUUCAGCGUCCAAGCCCUGGAUGGCGGAAGGCCACAGAAAACGUCACAUAGGACUGAAGUCCACAUUGUCAUCAAUGACAGCAAUGACAGCCCGCCGCACUUUGUCAAGAGCAGCUACUCAGGCAUGGUGUUGGAGGGCAUUGCGGAAGAGAACGUCGUGACUGUGGAGGCCAGGGACAGCGACUGCUCGGCAGCGUUCUCCACGAUAUGCCAGUACGAGAUCAGCACCAGGGACGGAUCCACAGUGCCCUUUGCUGUCGGCUUUGACGGCCGUAUCUCAACCACCAAGGCCCUUGAUGCUGAGAUUCAGUCACGCUACCUCUUCAAUGUUGUUGCGUAUGACUGCGGAGGCCGGAGCAGUGAGCCGGUCCCCGUGACAAUCACCGUCAGCAAACUGUGCUCUCCUGGAUGGAAAGGUGUUCCAAGACGCAUUGAGUACAGCCCAGGCUCCGGGGUGCAGCCCCUAGCUCCUAUGAUGCACUUGGAGACCUGCACCCAGCCCAACUGCACCACUAGCGAGGUCAUCACAACAGUCAAGCUCCAGACCAGACACAUCGGCUUCGGCUGCGAUCGUGAAACCUACUCGGCCGAUUCUCAGCGAAAACUCUGCGGUUCAGCAGCGGGAAGUUAUGAUCUCCUCCCCUCCCCAAGCCUGGGCCAGAAGUGGACAGAGGACCUGCUGACUGACGAGGGCCACGACAGCGAGCAGAUCUACGAGUUUGACGGGGAGGAGAGCGCCGUCAUCAUUCCCGAGAAGUAUGCCCCGUCCAACCUGACCUACCGCUUCAGUAUCUCCUACUGGAUGAAGCACGGUGAGACGGAAGGGCUGAAUAAGGAGCACAUUCUCUGCAGCUCCGACAGCGAAGGCCUGAACCGUCACCACUACGCCGUCUUCAUCCACAACUGCCGUCUGGUCCUGCUGCUGCGUCACCAGGACGAGGGCAAGAGUGACGCCUUCUUCCCCACCGAGUUUCGCUGGAAGGUGGAUGAGGUCUGCGACAAGCAGUGGCAUCGCUACACCUUCAAUGUCGAUUUCCCCUCGGUGAUGCUUUACAUUGAUGGUGAGCUGCAUCAGACUAAGAUGAUUUCUGAUGACUGGCCGCUUCACCACAGCAACUACCCAGUUGCACUGACCAUUGGGGCAUGCUAUGAUGACUUUGAUACUGAUGCACGCACAGGGGGCAAGGGUCGCUUCAGCGGCCACUUCCAGGGCUACUUGGCGGGAUUGAGCGUGCUCCCGGGCCAUGUGGAGACGGAGCCCACCAUCCAGUGUAUGUACAGCUGCAAGGAGGGGCUGACCGUGACCCCGGACGACCUGGCCGCAGAUAGGCUCCAGUUCAACGCCAUGAAGACGGAGCUGCUCAUCAAGGGAGAUCUCAAUGAUGCCUCGCAGCUCCUCCGCCGUGUCUCUUACUUCAACUCCCGCAAGUUCCCCACCCCGGGACAGAGGGCCCUCACCAUCAAGACCAUUACCACAUGCAACGGCAUCCCCAUGCCCAUGACUGACGUGUCUGCCUAUGUGAUGGUGGUCCAGCCGCCGGAGCCUACCAUUACCAUCUCGGGGCCCAGUGAGAUGGCCCAGGAGACCCACGAGGUGGUGGCGGGGAUCCGUCCAUUCGCCUCCAUCAGCAUUGUCAGCACCAUGUCGGAGGAGCAGGAGGAAGAAGAGGAGGCGGCUCUGGAAGAGAUCGGGCAGAAGCCAGAUGUCCCCCUGACCGUCUCUCACCGCCUCGACUCCUGCAACAUCACCACAGGGACCUACCUCACAGGUGGUGAGCAGUUCACUAUCGCUGCUGAGCUGCUAGCUUCCUACAACCUCAUCAAGUUUGACUCGUCAGAAGGGGUAUCAAUCAAAGGAGUUGAUACUAUUGAGCAUUACGUUGAGGUCCUACGUCAGGUCAUAUAUUCUUCCUCCGACACUGAGCAGCUGUCGCAUGUUUUGACCGUGACAUGCACCGAACUGAAUGGACGGUUCCAGAGCAAUGAAUACAAGAUCACGGUGAACAUCCUGCGCAAGUCCAUCAAGCAGGCCAUCCGGCCCAACCACGACAAGGCCGCUCCCCGCUCCAACAUCCUCUUCAAGCCGGGCAAGAACACCCUGGAGGAGGAGAUGAAGGAGAAGAUGCCGCUGACCAAGCUGGGUCAGAUCACUGCAUCCAGUACAGCCAUGACUAUCGUGAUUGUCAUCUGCGUGGGGUUUCUGGUCUUCAUGAUCGUGCUGGGCGUGUUCCGGAUCUACGCCGCCCACCGUGACAGCACCUACGACCAGCAAGACUUUGACUGGGACGACUCGGCCCUCAACAUCACCGUCAACCCUAUGGAAGGGCCAACCGAGACCCACGUGGGGGUGGACAGCGAUUCCAGCGAUGACGAAGACGACAGUUGCCAAGAUGACCUGGAUGACAGCUCCGAAGAAGACGACGACGACGAUGACGAAGAUGAUGCCAGCGGAGAAAUUGACGUCGAAAUCAAAGGCACCCAGCUAGAGUGGGACGAUUCCACGCUCAAGUUCUAAAACAAACAAAAAACAAAACAGGAAAUCAUUUAAACCUAAGGUGCAUCCGUUGAUGCAUCUUUAAUUCGCUUGAUUGUUGGACACAAAUAUUGUAACUGUAGCGGGUAAACUCAGCAGGUAGCACAUCUGUUGAGCGUAUUUCAAAUUAUACAACAUUCUAGUGUACAUUUUUAAUUAAAAAAAAAAUUAAUAUCAAGGAAAAAACUUUCUGCAAGUUUGAGCAAGUCUGGUUGGCAGUCUCGCCUUUGUUGGGCAGAGAGGGAUUGUGUAUAAAUUCUUAUUGAAUUCCGUGAUUACCUUUAUUUGCACAUGGGUCUGGUCAUUUUUUAAACAAUUUUUUUAUAAAGUUAGGGACUACGCCACCUGUUCAUCGAACAUCCUCUCCCGUCAAACCUUUGCAAACAUGUAAUGAGUGUAUAAUAAGUGGAAUUCUCACAAGUGUUGGGGUCAGGUCAGAGGUCGUUUUCAGGGAGCUGCUAAGGAUACUAAUAUACUUAGCACAAGAAAAGGUUUGCUUAGCAGGAGCAGGGCACCAGGCAAAAAUGCAUGCAAUGCAUGCUGCUGGGGACCAAGCUGAUUUGCUAGGCAUUUAAUUGCCUGCUUAUGUGCGGCACCCACAUAAGAUUAGACUUGGAAUCACUUACCCCUCAACUGUAAUGAAAUGAGAUCCCCCUUUGCUGGUGCUCCAUUUAUUGUCUGCUGAGCAUAUAAAAUUUCUGCUAAGCAUUUGUUUAUUGUCGCUCCAGGAGAAAAAGUUUACUACUUCAGUUGACCAGGGUGCUUACUGUGCUGUCCUUUUUUAAGUUUAUUUAAAGAGCUCCCAGAAAAGGGGCUACAUCCGAAAGAAAAGUGCUAAUUGUGAUGUAUUCAUGAUGCUUUUGACUGCAUUUUAAGUUUUCGUGAUUUUUGUUUUGGUCCUGUGUUAAUUUGGAGUAAUUUAUUUUCUUUCAUGGUUUUAUUUUUGCACGGUGUUGAACAUUUUUAACAGUUUUUUUAUGAAGCAAAUUUUAAUCAAAGCAUUGACUCUUGGCAUUGUAAGCCCAGUUUUACCAGAAAAAUGAGGUCAAUCUGCCUUUCGCGCAUGCCCUUAUUGACUUGUCAGCAAGGUACCACUUUCAAGAUUUUUUCUUUCAAAAUGUCAUAAUGUCUGCAUUUAAUUCAGUGCACAACAUCCAAUCUGACAUUUUGUUCAGGUCAUAGAACUGUUUCUUGACAAAAGAGAUCAUAAUUUGGUGAACGGAGUCCCAUGUGAAGGUCUCAAAUUUUUCAACUUGUAAGCUGUACUUUUUCCGGGUAGUUUUACAUAUAAAUUUUUUCAAAUGAGUGGUGCUUUCAGAUGUGUGAGAAAUGAUGCAUUAAAGCGUCGUCGGACAGCAAUACAAGAAACCAGAUACUGAGAAACCCACAAAGCAAUUGAACAGUUCGUAACAUUUAAGUUUGUCACGACCAUGCUGAGACAAAGUCUGGAGCGUAUUGCUUCAUGGGGUAGCUGCUUUCUUUGUAAAGAAAUUCCAGUAGAAUGAAAACUUUGUUGAGAGAACCAAAACCUAGAAGUUCUAGCACUUUGAGCUGAGCGCGCCCAACAAAUGGUACUUCUUUAUUGAAAUGGUUUUUCCGUUUGUAGUUGGUUUUGAAGCUUUUAAUUAUUGAGGGUGGAAGACAUGUCAAUUGGCAGUUAAAGCAUAUUUAAAAGCGUUUAUAUUUCACCAUAUUUAGCUUUUAGACAUUUUGUCUCAUCGGCACUCCAUACCUGUGACAGGCGUGCACAUUGCAUUUUACGAGGGCAAGUGCUUGUACGUAAGGAGGCGAAGCACCGUAACUUGCCCGGGAUUUUGUGUAAAAUAUUCACGACGUAUUAAUUUGUGACCUGUUGAAUUUUCAGUGAAUCUGUCACGUAGUGCAUGCGGUUGAGAAAAGGGGAAGCAAGAAUCACCAGAAAGAUUUCAGUGUUGUUAAAAUAUUUUAAUAAACGUUUACGUGUUGAUCGGUUACACUGUAUAUUUGUAUAAAAAUCAUACCAGUAAUCCCCAUUCGUUUAGCAUCCCAAACAAUAUACUGGACAAGAUGUAACAGAAUUUGCACUUUAAAUGAUAAGGACUUUUCUAUGAGUACAAGUAGCAGAGACCUCGCUAAUGUGCACGGUUUUUAAAAUUUCGUUCCAUCAGUAACCUCCUUUGAGCCGUCGAGUCAAGUUUUUGCAUGCACUGUUACGGUAGUUCUUUGGUAUUGUUUCCGGUUACUGUUACCAAAAAAGCUUGUGCAAUCUUUGCAUAUUUUUUUUUUCUCUUGAAAUACGUUCCUGUACGAAGUUAGACGACACGGCGAUAGCGUACAUCAUUCGGUGUUGUUGAAAUUGUAAAAUUUUCUGUAGAUGGUGUAUCAAUAAAAGAAGUAAGUACAACUAGCUAUCCAUAUUACAAAUUUGUGGUUUUCUAGAUGAAAAUGCUCUUGUGGACAGUCGCCAAAGUGUUCACCGCUGCCAUAAAAACCAGCUCCUCUUGCAAAUUAUUGUUUUGAGUUCAGAUUUGAAGGGGGUUAUUUCACAACAUCACACCGAUGUUUGAAGUACACUACAACAGUUUGAAAUGGAGGAUAUACCAAAUAAACUCUUGCUUGUACAGUCACUGAAUGUUUUAGAGAAAAGUGUACCAUGUAAUUAAAUUGCUGGAUAUAUUUUUGUCUGCUUAUAUAUAACUCGGUUUGCCAUAAUAACGUCUGGACAUAAUUUGAACCCUCCUAAUACUUGUACAAUGUCAGUGCUAUAUGGAUUGAUGUAUCAUAGCUGUGUUCAGGUUACCGUUCCUGUAGAUGCACUGAUCGCUAUGGCAAAAAGUCAGAUGCCUGCAUCAGGAUUGGGAGCCAGUCUUGUAGCAGACUGGCACACGUCAGUGGUAGAAUGCAGGCAAACAUUCUGAGAAAGUGACUUCUGUAGUUCAUAGAUUUAACACGUUCUCAGUUUGUAUGAAGGUUUGAAAGUUUCUUGGGGAGAAAGCUGAAAGCAUAUAUUAAAAAAAAUCACACUGAAAACUGUUUAUUAAAUGCUGUUAUCAAACAUCCAGACUGGCUUUCAAUCUGAAAACAAACUUUCAUCACUGCACAUCAUGACUUCUCUGUAGAUGGCUUUUUUGUGGCAUUGACUUUGUGUGUUGUAAAAUUUGUCGUAAGGAGUCAUUCUAAUCAGUAUUGAUAUCUUGUCAUGGUGUAUUUUUUAAUAUUUACGACCCAUCUUUUUGCCUGCCACGAAUUGUACAAGUUAUCCAGCAAAUCUAGGAGAUUUAAACAGAAGUGUAACACUGAUUAUUUGGACAGAAAAGCAGCUGCUUGUUGUACAAAGCAGAAACCCAGAAUGUAGCCUGUAAGUUUUUCAAUCUGGGAACUUCAUCUUUGACACUACUUUUCAUCUGCAUUCCCCGCUUCAUUUUUAGGAGAAUUUUUAUUCUCUCCAAUACAUGUACUUCUUUUGUUUUAAACCUGCACCAGCGAUUCUUCUAUGAUUUGCAUUCAAGGGUUGGUGUUGGAUAGCUCUGGAGCCCUCUUUCCACCUUUGACCUCUUUGCAUAUUCAAAUCAGCUCAUGGCUCGAUUGGGAGAAAAUUCCUCCUUCGAUCAGUCCAGCGCUCAAAGGUGGAAAUGAGCUUCAACUGUAACUGAAAAAUAUUAUGAUGAAAAUCCAGCCUUUCUUAUCCAUUUGCUUGAGAAAUUUAGACUAUUUUAAAUCACAGCCACCCAGAAAAAAUGGAGGAAAAAAAGUCAAACAUAUGACCUGGGUGAAGAAUGUUAAAUAGUUGAAUACAUGUUUGUCUCGUUAUUCACUUUCAAAAGCUACCCAAAUAAUGCGCCAUCACAUUAUUAAAAGACCAGAAUAUAUAAGAAUUUCACACAUGUAUUAACCAUCAUUUUAAAAUUUCAAAAGUGAAAAAAAAAUGCAUUUAAUCAGGAACACAAAGCCCAAAAACAGUUGUUGAGUGGCAUCGUGUUUUUAACACAUAUAUUUAAGUUUUUUUACAAGUUGCAUUCCUCUGAUAUCAUGUAAACGUAUUGACCCAUACUAAUUUUUGUUUUUCUGUUAGUUCCCUCAUGUCAUGUGUUUGACUAAUAAAACUUUUCCCAAACCGGAA